AUGCUCAGCGCCAGCAGCUUCAUCUUCCCUGAAUCUGAAGCAAAAGUCACAUUUUAUCCAAUUCCUUUCUUCACCUCAAUCCCGGGUGGGCUGCAGCCAUCCAGGGUGAUCACCAUAUCCUGCACUCUGCUACCCAAUGCUGAGAGGUUCCAUAUCAACCUAUGCGCUGGGACAAACAUCGCCUUUCACCUGAACCCUCGACUCAGUGAAAAGACUGUGGUCCGAAACUCUAAGAUCAAGGGCGCCUGGGGGUCAGUGGAGAAAAGCCUGCCUGUCAGGAUGCCCUUCAUCGCAGGCCACAGCUUCAAGGUGGCGAUCAUAUGCAAAGCCCAGUGCUACAGGGUGACUGUGAAUGGUCAGCACCUGCUGGUAUACGCCCACCGCCUGAAGGACCUGCGGACCAUCAGUCACCUGGAAGUAGACGGCGAUAUUGUGCUUGCUGAUGUACAGGUCUAGAUGGGCUCAAGAGCUCAGUGAAGGGCUGGGGACAUGGCUCUCUGUGCCUCCUGCCUGUCCUCUGCCCUUCUCAAUCCCAGCUUCUUUUCAUCUGUAUGUGACAUGAGGGAUUAAUCUCUGGGCCUUGCAUUUGCCAGGCACAUGCUCAUGAGCCUUCCAUGUACCAGCCCAGGCCUAUGCUGCAUAAGGCCCUCAAACACCUUCCUGUCCUCUGUGCAACCCACGCUAGUCCCAAGCCACAGCUAUGCAAAGGAUGGCCCAGGUGCCCUCCACAGCCCCCAUUCCUGUGACCUUCACCUUCUCUCCCUGGCUUUGCACCCUGAUGCAACACUGCUCCCUGUGGGGAGGCUGCCUGGUGAGAUCCUGCUGGCUUCCACCCACCAAGCAGAGCUUUCUCAGCACCAGGCACUGCCCAUUCCUGGCAUAUUUAAAAUAAAGAAAGAACGAUGCUGUUGUCGGCA